AUGGAGCUGCUUCAGCCGGAGCCCACGCCGAGUUCGGGUCUCAGCCCGACCGGCGUGCGGGGUGGAGCCGAGCGUCCGGGCCACCAUCGCCUGGGAGCUCGAGGCCCCCUGGGCUCCCCGCAACGCGCGAUCGCUUCCUCGCCUGUCACAACCCUCACCAAGACCAUGCACAACCUCACCGGGCUUGGCAGUGAGACCCCAAGGAAUCAAGUAGGGAACCUGCACUGCAGCCGCAGUCGAAGUAGACUGAAGUACCUGUCCCUGCCCCGGAGGUCAUCUGAGUCCUCCCUGUCCUCUGAGUCUUCUGAAGCUUCUGAUGCAGGUCUCUACUUGGACUCCCCCAGUCCCAUGGACUCCCAGAUGGCAGAACAGACGUUUGAACAAGCCAUCCAGGCAGCCAGCCGAGUCAUUCGAAACGAGCCCUUCUCCAUCAGACGUAUCCAGUCCUUGCCAGUGAGGCUUCUGGGCCACAGCCCUGUGCUCCGCAAUAUCACCAACACCCAAGCGUCGUAUAGCCGGAGCCGGAGGAGGAGCACCGAGGCAGGCAGCAGAGCUUCCAAUAGCUCUGGGGAAGAUAAGGAAAAUGAUAGAUUUGUCUUCAAGAUGCCAUGGAAGCCAGUGCUUACCACCCACCCUCAGGCUGUGGCUGAGGGGGCUGACCACAGAGAAUUCUUUGCCCAGAGGCCGAACUCAGCCCCUGACCUGAUGUGCCGCAGCCCUGGACAGUGCCACAUGGAAGUGGAACAACUGAGUCCCCUGUCCCGACUCUGUUCCUCUGUGACCCCCAUGGAGGGAGCUGUUGAGGAAGAUGAUGGAUUUGUGGAGAUCCUGGAGAAUGAUCUGAAGGAUGACAGUGAGGUCCCCCCAGGCAUGGAGAGCCUCAUUAGCGCCCCACUGGUCCAGACCUUGGAAAAGGAAGAGGAGCAGGACCUCAUCAUGUACAACAAGUACCAUCGACUCUUCCGUUCUCCGUCCAUGCCGUGCAGUGCCAUCCGGCCCAUCCUCAAGAGGCUGGAGCGGCCGCAGGACAAGGACAUUCCUAUACAGAACAAGCGGAGGAAGAGUGUGACCCCGCCAGAGGAGGAGCUGGAACCAGAGGAACCCAAAGCCCGCGUCCUCCGCUCCAAGUCCCUGUGUCAUGACGAGAUCGAGAACAUUCUAGACAGUGAUCACCGGGAGCUGAUUGGAGACUACUCCAAGGCCUUCCUCCUGCAGACUGUAGAUGGGAAACAUCAAGACCUCAAGUACAUCUCACCAGAAACGAUGGUGGCCCUGCUCAUGGGCAAGUUUAGCAACAUCGUGGAGAGGUUUGUGAUUGUGGACUGCAGAUACCCCUAUGAAUAUGAAGGUGGUCACAUCAAGACAGCCGUAAACCUCCCCCUGGAACGGGAUGCCGAGAGCUUCCUGCUGCAGAGUCCCAUCACAGCUUGCAACAUGGACAAGAGAAUCCUCCUCAUCUUCCAUUGUGAAUUUUCGUCUGAGCGCGGGCCCCGCAUGUGCCGAUUCAUCCGGGAACGAGACCGUGCUACUAACGACUAUCCCAGUCUCCACUAUCCUGAGAUGUAUAUCCUCAAAGGCGGCUACAAGGAGUUCUUCCCACAGCACCCGAACUUCUGUGAGCCCCAGGACUACCGGCCCAUGAACCAUGAGGCCUUCAAGGAGGAGCUAAAGACCUUCCGCCUUAAGACACGAAGCUGGGCUGGGGAGAGGAGCCGGCGGGAGCUCUGUAGCCGGUUGCAGGAUCAGUGA